ACUGCCAUUUCACUCAGCAGAGCUCAGUAUGGUCCAUGGUUGAUUGUGAAUUGGGUGCGUUUUCUGUGACAAUGAAACUCUUCUCUUGACGUUACAAGGUCUGCCUCUACAUGCUCAGUGCAAGUGGUCACGUAAAUGGAACGAUAUGAGCGCGGACGAUUGCGUGAACACUGAUGAUCUGUAAAAUCAAACAUGACGUUUCACAUAAACUUUUUUUUUUCCUUAGCUUGCCAGUUGUGUUUGAAUAUCUGUCAUUUCCAGCCCAGGUUGAGUUGCCCAGAGCUAUCUAGGAGUGUAUUUCAAUCUCAGCAGGAGAGAGGAUCAGAUUGCUUUGUGAGGCUAUGACGAGGUGGCACUGGGGAGGAAGGUGGUUGUUGGAGGAGGUGGGGGAGGUUGGUUAGAUCAGAUUUCACAUCCCUGCUUGCGUUCUUCAGCUCUCUGCACCUUCUAAAGUCGGCCCCCCUUCAUUCCACCCCACCACUCUGACUAACAGUGGAGACAGGAUGGCUGAGCAGGAGAGGAAAACAUUCACUCCCUUUCUUAUAUCAUCUACCUCAGGCCUGAGCCUCAUAUGCAGCGUAAAAGCAUAUCUCCUUAAACCGUGUGACUGACCUGUUAUUACUUGAGGAUAGAUUUAGGAUGGUUUCUAGUGCAAGAAGAAGGUGACGAUCCAGAUGCCAGUUGGACAUUUUGCUGUGUAAAUCUGAAUGACAUCAACAACCUGCCACCGUUUUCAACACAUGUUUCAGCAACAUGGCUCCAAGAAAUGGAUGUAUCAUUAUGUGCCAUGGAAUAGAGGGACCUUGUGAGGACAAAGCUCUGAGUUUCUAGUGCCGUCACAACCUCUUCACUCGUCCUCUCCAAUUUUCUGUCAAGACAUCUCUUUCGGUCCUCAAGCCACAUUUCGGACAUCUCAAAGAGUCGGACACACCUGCUAGCCCUAGUGCUUAUACCCAAAGUUGCUGUUUAAGAAUGACCCGGUUUCAUUUCUUCACAGUCGUUCUGGCUGGAGUCUGCGUUCUUCUGUGUCCUACAGCUGAAGGAGCUGGACAGAAUCCAGAUCACGUGCUGCAGGGAACGGGCGUGAAGCAUGGCCCUGACUCCAGAAGGCCAGGGGCUGAUACAACUGUGGAGCCUGAGGACGCUGCACGCUUCCUUAGCUGCUACUGCUCUGGCCACUGCCCGGAGGAUGCCAAGAACAACACGUGCCUGACAAAUGGCCAGUGUUUUGCCAUUAUUGAAGAAGAUGAAAAUGGUGAUGUUUUCUUAAGCUCUGGCUGCAUGAAGUAUGAAGGCUCACAUUUUCAGUGCAAGGAUUCACAGUAUGCACAGACAAGACGAACCAUCGAAUGCUGCCAGUCUGACUUCUGUAAUCGAGAUCUGAAGCCUGAGUUGCCUCCUCGAAACCCAGAGACAUUCUUUAGCCCACACUGGCUGGCAUUCCUCAUCUCAGUCACUGUGUGUUGCUGUACUCUCGUCUGCGUCACUGUGAUCUGUUAUUACAGGUAUAAAUGGCAGACAGAGAGGCAGCACUACCACAGAGACCUGGAGCAGAAUGAAGACCUCAUUCCAGCUGGAGAAUCUCUGAAAGACCUCAUCAACCAGUCACAGACCUCAGGCAGUGGUUCUGGGCUCCCCCUGCUGGUGCAGCGCACUAUUGCAAAGCAGAUCCAGAUAGUGCGUCUGAUAGGGAAAGGCCGGUAUGGUGAGGUGUGGCUGGGUCGCUGGAGGGGGGAGAAAGUGGCAGUGAAAGUGUUCUUCACUCGUGAAGAGGCCAGCUGGUUCAGAGAGACUGAAAUCUACCAGACUGUACUUAUGAGACAUGAAAACAUACUGGGUUUCAUAGCGGCAGAUAUAAAUGGUACAGGAGCCUCCACCCAGCUGUACCUGAUCACAGACUACCAUGAGAAUGGCUCUCUAUACGACUACCUGAAGUUUACCACCCUCGACACACAGGCUCUGUUGAAACUGGCCUACUCUGCAGCCUGCGGCCUUUGUCACCUCCACACUGAGAUCUAUGGCACACAAGGCAAACCAGCCAUCGCUCACAGAGACCUGAAGAGCAAGAACAUCCUCAUCAAGAAAAACGGCACCUGCUGUAUUGCCGAUUUGGGACUGGCAGUCAAAUUCAACAGUGAUACUAAUGAAGUGGACAUUCCUCUGAGCACUCGAAUGGGAACCCGCCGCUACAUGGCUCCAGAGGUUCUAGAUGAGACCCUGAAUAAGAACCACUUCCAGGCCUACAUUAUGGCUGAUAUUUACAGCUAUGGGCUGGUCAUAUGGGAGAUGGCCAGACGCUGCGUCACAGGAGGUAUAGUUGAGGACUACCAGCUGCCAUACUAUGAGAUGGUCCCUCCAGACCCUUCAUACGAAGACAUGCUGCAGGUAGUGUGUAUCAAAGGCCUGCGGCCAACUGUAUCUAACAGAUGGAAUAGCGAUGAGUGCUUGAGGGCCAUGCUGAAGCUGAUGUCAGAGUGCUGGGCGCACAAUCCUGCGUCCCGUCUCACCAUCCUACGAGUCAAGAAAACAUUAGCCAAAAUGGUAGAAUCACAGGACAUUAAAAUCUGACCCACGACCUCUUUCGGUCUGUUGGCAGGAACAGUCAGCAUCGUUUGACUCGGCACUCUUCGUCAUUACCGUGUCGUCUUACCUGUGGAGAUGGGAAACGUGAGGAACAGCUUCAGGUGGCGUCCUGCGUAACGAGGCCUGUGAGAGGUCAAAAUCAGAUGCUGAAACAAACUCUCAGUCCAGUUUUAUGCCGUCUUCGCUCCUUUUCCGCUUGACCCGUGGAUAAGACAUGGAGCCGUUUUUUUGCUUUCUGUGAAAGCUGCUACGAUUACAGGCUUUGAAAGAAGGUGACUCGAACAGAUCCAAACUGCCGAGAUGAAUCUUCCAGAUGUCUUGGGAAAAGAUGGAGACCUGACUUUUCUGCCUUAGCGAAAUUCACACUAAGCCAGUUGUUAUUGUGUCAGAUGUGUUAUGCAUUUGUCUCUUUAUUUUCUGGGAUAAACCUCAAUUCCUGCCAUAUGGAGAAAUAUUCAUGACUAUUUGCAAAGAGUAAAUAAAUAUAUGUUGACUUGCUGUAAUGAUAAAAUGUGCAAAUAAAUUUGUAAUGUAACUGAUGCAAAUUAAAUAGAGCAAGAAGUUGUAAUCGUGGCCCAAAGGGGCCCGACUGCAACAGUUUUUAGACUGUCAAAUAAUUAUUCCCAGUGUAUGUGUGUGUUGAGUUUAGUUGAUACAUAUAUGUGGAUACCAUCCAUCCUGGUUGCAAUAACUAUAUCUAGAAAUACUAACAUCCACUACACAGCUAAACCCUGUAUUUUCCUUUCUUAAUUUUUUAGAAAAUAUUUUAUCAUGACAAAAAACCCUUUGGCUCCUUGGAUACCUCUUUUUUUCUUUUAAGUAUGAUAUUUCUGAGAGUGUCACAUGGACUGUUAAUGCACCAGCCCCCAACAAAGAGAAAAAGAUGAAUUCCUGAGAAAAUGAUCCAACAUACCAAAUACAUAGCCUUAAUUUACCAACAAAAUUGGUCAGGAAAAGUCCAGUCCGUUUAUUAUUUAGUGCCACAGGAAACCGCUACCCAUUCCUCCCAAUACAUAACAUCUUUUCUAUUUAAUCACUUUAUGAAUCUCUGCACACAGAAAGUGUAUUGAAAAGUAUGUCUUCAGUUUAGUGCCAGACUAAUUAUGCUGCUUUGUCAAAUGAUGCCAACUUUUCAAGAUAUUACGAAGAGAGGAAAAACACAGAAAAAUAAAUGAUAAGGUUGUCAAAAAAUGCUCUUCAGAAAAAUAAAUCCAUAAAUUGGCUCUAAAAAUAUAAAUAUAUAUAACAUUAGAAAAUAUCUAUAUACUAAGAUGUGUGUACAGUAGCGUGCAAAACUCUUGGGUGUUUUUUUUUUUUGCCAGCAAAAAUGCUAUAUAACAAUAGAAUGAAUACAAAUAAAUGCAAGUAACAACAGUUUCAAACAAGUAGGUGAUAACAUUCCAAAAAGCAUUAUAGACCAUUUUUUAUGAUGUACAUUGUUGAUAGUGGGCUUUACACAUACAAUGCUAGAUGAUUAAUACCACGUUUGUUACAGAAAUAAAAAUAUAUAUUUGUGUGUUUCAUACCUUUAUACGUCAGCUAUUCUUUUCAAAAACUUGAUAUAUCCAAAAUUGUUACAAAUUAAUAUAUGGCAUUCUGGAAUAAACUCUUCAAAUUCUGGGCUUCCAUGAGGAGAGGUUCAGAAAUGGUUAAGCUAACAUUCUGAUACAUAAAAUCACUACUUAUUGUAUUAUUAUUGUUUAUAUUUAUUCAAAUAUUACUAUUUUUUUCUGGGUUUUUUUGAGCAAAUGAAUGCUUACUACCCAUUUAAAAUAUUUUUCUUGGCUGCCUAAGACAUUUGCACAGUACUGUAUAUGUUUGCCCACUACUGUUCAAAAGUUUGGAAUCAGUGUUUUCAGUAAUAUAAAACCAGUUUGGUUGGAGAUGAGUGUAGAAAAUGAUUCUACUAUGCUAGAAAUGUUAGAUGUGUCCAGAAUGAUGAACAGAAAGUGGUAUAACUUGGCAGAUAACUUGAGAAAAAAUUAAUGUAAAAAGAUUUUACAGUAUAUUUACAUUAUUUAUAGUUAAUAACUUGUAAAUAAGCAGAAUUUUGAAAUUAUUGAAUCAAACAUCUAAAAAUCCUUUUGGCAAAUCAUAAUUUUUAAAUCCACAUUGUACAAGUUAUUAAACUAACUGUUCUUAUGGCAAAUGAUUCAAAACUUUUAACGGUAAUAUGUAUGUAAAGAGCACAUGAUAUACAAGUCAAUUUGUCCUAAAGUUCUGUCAAACAGUUGCUGUAUAAGUAAUCUGUGGUCUGAAAGAGCAACCAGCUGUAUUUUCUGUACAAGCACCUAUGUUUCAUUUCUCAGAUUUCAUUUAUCUAAGCUAACCGUCUAAAUUGGGUUCCUAACUGAGUUUGACACAUUGGCCUUCAUCUUACUUUAAGAUGCUAACUAAAAAGUAAGCCCUCAGUACAAGGCUGGCCUCUAAACUAUGGGCUAAGUUAAGACAUUUGUCUGACACUUUCUUCUUGUUUGCUUGUUUUUCUUUGUAUGUUUUUUUUUCCCCAUUUGGCUUCUUCGUUAUGAAAUUGUGUAUCUUUGGAGCCUUAACAAUUGAAAUGUAGCAUCUGUGAAAUGCAGAUAUUUAAAAGUGCUUUGCCAAAGCAUUACCCAGCCCCUCCCUGUGUUAUCUAAUGCAUAGCUACUAAAAGACUCCCCAGUAUGUAAUUAUCACACAUUUUAUCUAGCUCCUGGCUGAAUGGGU